AGGCGGGUGCCGCCACUAUAAAGGUCCCCUUCAGGCAAUUUGUGAGGGCAACAACAUCGUCACAGCUCUCUCACAGGUUCGAAAAGCUCAGCAAAAUCCCUCUCCCGUUGCCCUAGAAUCCGGAUCUUGAGUACAAUCAAAAUGUCUAAAAAAGGGUUAAUGGAGCAGGACCUAAGUAAGCUUGAUGUGACAAAGUUACACCCACUCUCUCCUGAAGUAAUUUCUCGUCAAGCUACAAUUAACAUUGGUACCAUAGGUCAUGUGGCACAUGGGAAGUCAACUGUUGUAAAAGCAAUAUCUGGUGUUCAGACUGUUCGUUUUAAGAGUGAGCUUGAGCGUAAUAUUACUAUCAAGCUGGGAUAUGCUAAUGCCAAAAUAUACAAAUGUGAAGAUGAACGAUGCCCUCGGCCCAUGUGUUACAAGGCCUAUGGAAGUAGCAAAGAAGAUAGCCCCCUCUGUGAUGUUCCAGGAUUUGAGAGUGCAAGGAUGAAACUCUUGAGGCAUGUUUCCUUUGUGGACUGUCCGGGUCAUGAUAUUCUUAUGGCUACAAUGCUCAAUGGAGCAGCUAUUAUGGAUGGAGCAUUGCUAUUGAUAGCUAGCAAUGAAAGUUGCCCACAACCCCAAACUUCUGAGCAUCUUGCUGCUGUUGAAAUCAUGCGGCUUCAACACAUGAUUAUCUUACAAAAUAAAAUUGAUCUUAUUCAAGAAAGUGUUGCCAUAAACCAGCAUGAAGCCAUCCAAAAAUUUAUUCAGGGCACCAUUGCUGAUGGCGCACCAGUGGUACCAAUUUCUGCUCAGUUGAAAUACAAUAUUGAUGUUGUCUGCGAGUAUCUUGUUAACAAAAUACCCAUUCCUGAGAGGAACUUUGUGUCACCACCGAAUAUGAUUGUAAUCCGGUCAUUUGAUGUGAAUAAACCUGGGUCUGAGGUCGAUGAAAUAAAGGGUGGUGUUGCUGGCGGGAGCAUCCUCAGGGGUGUUUUGAAGGUGAAUCAAUUCAUUGAAGUCCGUCCUGGCAUUGUUGUAAAGGACGAGACUGGUAACAUCAAAUGCACCCCAAUAUUUUCAAGGAUAGUUUCGCUCUUUGCUGAGCAGAACGAGCUGCAGUUUGCUGUUCCAGGGGGACUCAUUGGUGUUGGCACCACCAUGGACCCCACAUUGACACGUGCUGAUAGGCUGGUGGGUCAGGUCCUCGGGGAGGUUGGAUCACUUCCCGAUGUUUUUGUUGAGCUCGAGGUUAACUUCUUCCUACUCCGACGGCUUCUUGGGGUCAGGAUAAAGGGUACAGAGAAGCAGGGGAAAGUCUCGAAGCUAACCAAGGGUGAGAUUCUGAUGUUGAACAUAGGGUCCAUGUCAACAGGGGCCCGAGUGGUUGCUGUGAAGAAUGACCUUGCCAAGCUGCAGCUCACCUCUCCCGUGUGCACCAGCAGAGGGGAGAAGGUGGCUCUCAGCCGGCGGGUUGAGAAGCACUGGCGCCUCAUUGGGUGGGGCCAGAUUCAAGCGGGGUCUACUCUUGACGUCCCACCAAGUCCCAUCUAAGUGAUUGCAUACACACAAAAGGUAAAAUACUAAGGUGUGUUUGAGAGAGAGGGAGAGACGGAAAAUGUGGGAGGGAAGGCAGCUGUUAGGGACAGUCUUUGUGAGAUGGAGAAGAAAACACUGGAGAUUGCUUUUAAUUCUUGUUGCUUCCAUUUUGUUUCUAUGAGGUUUUAGUUCUUAUAACAUGUUUGGGCGGACUUUCAUCCAUGGUGUUCUAUUUUUGACAUGUCAAGAGGAUGGACGGUUUGGUUUUUUUGUUAUCGAGGAAUCGAUUUGAGGAAGAUUUGCAGCGAA